UUCAAGUAAAAGCUGUGCUGCUUUCACGAAGUCAACAUCUCUGUUGGUUACGUUCAGCAAUUCGUUACAUACCUACGUCUAUACGAAGAAACAAGCGCGAAAUAUUUUGACAGUGAUUUUCGCGGGAAAUACUUACAAGUUCGUUGGGGAUCACGGAUGAAUAGUGUUUUGCCUUCGCUUGUUCAAAUAGUUUUCGUUCAGGUUUCAAGCUGUGGAACAACGUGGCGUCCUGCAUGGAGAAAUGGUUCGGUGAUAAACGGCUUUGGUUAUUUGGUAACAACCUGCCGCUACUACCGAGAAGGUCGCGCGCAAGCAGUCGCGCGAUGGAGCGUUACGAAAAGCUCGCAAAACUCGGCGAAGGUUCCUACGGCCUCGUGUAUAAGUGUCGCAAUAGAGACACUGGCGAGAUAGUAGCAAUCAAGAAGUUCGUCGAGAACGAAGAUGAUCCUCUCAUACGCAAAAUCGCUCUCAGGGAAAUACGCAUGCUAAAGAAUUUAAAACAUCCGAAUUUGGUGAAUCUAAUUGAAGUUUUUCGUCGUAAACGCAAAUUGCACCUCGUAUUCGAAUACUGUGACCACACCGUGCUUCACGAGCUAGAGAAAUAUCCUGCUGGUUGUCCAGAAUUGCUUUCAAAGCAAAUAAUCUGGCAGACGCUCCAGGGGGUGGCGUACUGCCACCGUCAUAACUGCAUCCACCGUGACGUUAAGCCUGAGAACAUUCUCCUCACCAGUGAAGGCGUCGUCAAGCUCUGCGACUUCGGCUUCGCGAGGAUGAUCAGCCCCGGCGAGAGCUACACGGACUACGUGGCGACGCGCUGGUACCGCGCGCCUGAGUUGCUGGUCGGGGACACCAUGUACAGCACUCCUGUGGACGUUUGGGCGAUCGGCUGUGUGUUUGCGGAAUUGUUAUCAAGUGAAGCUUUGUGGCCGGGAAAAAGUGACCUCGACCAGCUGUAUCUUAUCAGAAAAACUCUGGGUGAUCUUCUUCCAAGACAUAUGACAAUAUUCUCGCAGAAUACGUUCUUUCAGGGUAUGGCGCUACCAGAACCAAACUCACUGGAGCCCCUAGAGAAAAAGAUUCCGCAACGGUACGCUACUAACGAAUUGGUGGUAGACUUCCUAAAGAAAUGCUUGGACAAGGAUCCCAUGAUGCGAUGGACUUGCGAACAGCUGCUUCGGCAUCCUAUAUUCGAGAACUUUCUCUUCACAGUGCCUCAUUCCGACCACGACGACUUCGAGAAGACGAGAAGGGCACAGGUGCAAUCAUCCCCAAUGCUGCCACAGCUGAUAGUGACGGAGCGGUCACAGCCUAAAAAGAAGUCCGAGAUCGAGUCGCGCGGCCACCUGCCGACGAUAUGACUAGCGCCACUCGCGCGACAGCGGAUCUAAUUUUAAAUAUUUAUUCUAUUAAAUAAAGUGUUUUUCAUUGUCAAUUUUAUUUAAUUAAAUGACGAUUACAAUAAUAUCACUAUUUUUAUAAAAUGUCUAGGGUUUGAUUCGCGCGUGUAUUGUUUCAAUGAAUCUAAAAGCGAGUAGGAUAAUAAAUAUUACAAUUUA